AACACAGGUACCCAAAAAUAUAAUCAAACACAAUCCCCGCCUCUGUCUCUCUCUCUCUCUCUCUCUCUCUCUCUCACACACACGCACACUUUCUCUCUCUAGAAUUUGGUAUCGGUGUAUAAACUUUCGAUUGAGACAAAGAAACUGAAUCUUCCGGCGAUUUACGAUUCCAAAAUGCGGUAAUCGCCGGAUACUAAACUUGCUUCAGAUUCAUUUUUUUUUCUCCAAGAUCUACUCUACUGAUUUUACGGCAUCCAUCUUGGGCUGGUUGGAGGAGGAGAAGCUCGUUAAUAAUGAUAGUUUGUCUAAAAACAAGUGUGAGAUGAAUAAGCUCUUUUGUGGGGUAGUAGUGUCUGGGAGAUGUUAUUGCAAUUAAACUAUCUACUGACAUGGAAGAGGCACGGGAUGAAGUUGGGCCUUCAGAGCAGAGGUCCCCAGGGGCUUCAUGGUGGCCCUCAGAUUUCGUUGAAAAGUUUGGAUCUGUUACCCUUGAUAGUAAAGAAGAAGAUUUGAGGAAUAAGGAACUGGGUGAAAAUGAAGAAUAUAACAGGCUUUCAUGUCAGACUGCUUCACAGAUUCUCUGGAAAACUGGAACACUGUCAGAACCAAUUCCAAAUGGUUUCUACUCAGUUAUUGCUGAGAAAAGGCUCAAAGAGCUUUUUGAAGAUAUUCCCACUUUUGAUGAACUUCAGGCACUGGAGCAGGAGGGUUUAAGAGCAGAUAUUAUACUUGUGGAUGCUGAGAAAGACAAGAAGCUUUCUAUGCUGAAGCAACUGAUUGUUGCACUAGUGAAAGGUUUAAGCUCAAAUCCUGCAGCUACUGUAAAAAAGAUAGCUGGAUUGGUGUCUGAUGUUUACAAACGAUCGAACUGUGAACUAAGUCCUGCUAAAGCUGCUCUUGAGGAAAGCUCUCACACUUCUGACAUCCGAGGCAUCCAGAUGUUGGGUCACAUAAAGCAUGGCUCAUGUCGUUCUCGAGCAAUAUUGUUCAAAGUAUUAGCGGAUACUGUAGGUCUUGAAAGUCGGCUUGUUGUGGGGUUGCCUGCUGAAGGAGCUUCCGAGUGUGUAGACUCAUAUAAACAUAUGUCUGUUAUAGUUGUGUUAAAUUCUGUGGAACUGCUUGUCGAUCUUAUGCGUUUUCCUGGUCAACUUAUUCCUCUAUCAAUGAAGGCUAUUUUCAUGACCCACAUAUCUGCUGCUGGAGAGAGUGAUUCUGCAGAAAAUGAUUCCUGUGAUUCACCAUUGGAGCCUAACAGUCCUCUUUAUGGGUUUUCAGAGAGAAUUGAUCCUGAGAGUUCUGAGAAAGAUGAUGCUCUUCAAUACCAGAGGAGACUAGAAGCAUCUUCAAAUGCCGCAGGACCUUCAUUGAGGAAUAUGAUGUUACGGUCUAACACUUCAAUUGAUAGAAAAUUGAGUUUCUCGCAUAGCGAACCCAAUAUUGCUACUGCAGCUUGGAGAAGGAGCCGAAGAAAAGUUAUUACUGAACAAAGGACUGCAAGUUCAAGUCCAGAGCACCCUUCAUUUCGAGCACGUGCUCGCUCUAUGCUUAGUGGUGAUACCAAAACGUGCAGAGAUUAUUCAGAUGAUGUUGCUACAUCAAGGUCAGAAGGGGCAUCAACAUCAGAACCACGUAGGCUACGAAGAAGAAGUAUUAGUAUUACUCCAGAAAUUGGUGAUGACAUCGUAAGGGCGGUUCGAGCAAUGAAUGAAGCACUGAAGCAGAAUCGAAGAGAACAAGGGGAAAAUAGCUCAUCCCCUCAUACUUCAAGUGACAGAGGUGGGGCGUUGGAUCUUCAAAAAAAUGUGUCUGAUUUUCACCAUGACCACCAUGAAAUAUCUGGUGGACAGUCUUCCUUGUUUCCAUUGUCAAGGGAGCACAUGCGCUCUCAGAAAGCAGUAUCAUUACCCUCGUCUCCCCAUGAAUUCAGGAGGCAGGAUCCAGAAGGAGGGGGGCAGGUGAAUGACAAAAUGGUCUCAACCUGGAAUAGGAUUCUGGAAUCACCCAUGUUCCUGAACAAGCCUCUUCUACCUUUUGAAGAAUGGAAUAUAGACUUCUCAGAGUUAACUGUUGGCACUCGUGUUGGCAUUGGAUUCUUUGGAGAAGUUUUUCGAGGUAUUUGGAAUGGAACUGAUGUCGCUAUUAAAGUUUUCCUGGAGCAAGAUCUUACGGAGGAAAACAUGGAGGACUUUUGCAAUGAGAUUUCUAUCCUUAGCCAUCUUCGGCAUCCAAAUGUUAUAUUGUUUCUUGGUGCAUGCACAAAGCCUCCUCAUUUGUCCAUGGUUACUGAAUACAUGGAGAUGGGAUCUCUAUAUUAUUUGAUCCAUUUAAGUGGUCAAAAGAAGAGAAUUAGCUGGCGGAGGAGACUCAAGAUGCUUCGUGACAUAUGCAGAGGGUUGAUGUGCAUACAUCGGAUGAAGAUAGUCCAUCGUGAUCUAAAAAGUGCAAACUGCCUCGUGAACAAGCACUGGAGUGUCAAAAUAUGUGAUUUUGGUCUCUCGAGAAUAAUGACAGAUACACCUAUAAGAGAUACUACAUCAGCUGGCACUCCCGAAUGGAUGGCUCCAGAACUCAUCCGCAAUGAGUCUUUUACAGAAAAAUGUGACAUUUUUAGUCUUGGCGUGAUAAUGUGGGAGCUUUGUACUCUAAACAGACCAUGGGAGGGUGUACCGCCGGAGCGGGUAGUUUAUGUUGUUGCCAAUGAAGGAUCAAGGCUAGAGAUACCUGAAGGACCCCUGGGCAGACUAAUUGCAGACUGUUGGGCAGAGCCUAAUGAAAGACCAAGUUGCGGGGAAAUUCUCACCCGACUGCUAGAGUGCGAGUAUUCACUUGGAUAGCGCAAUUUGUUUUGUUUGUACAGAAACACAUGGUAGAGGUGUUAACAGUGUCCGGCUCAAGUUGUAACUUCUGUGUGAUUUUCCAGUUUUAGAAAAUAUCGUGUUUGUAGAAAUAUAGUUGAAACAUUCAACCUUUUUGUGAAAUCCAAUGCAGAGUUCGUUUUCCUAA